AUAAGAAGGUGUGAUGCGGUCGUGUGUGUGUUCUCGGACCGAGGUUGUGGCGUUGUACAGUGCUAUACUGAAGAAAAUGGAUUAUUUUUCCUUGUACGAUUAGGGGUGUGGUGAGGUAAAACAACAUAAUGCAGAAGAAUGAACGGUGCUGGUCAUGAUGGCAUGUACACCUUUGAGAGUGAAGAAGAAGAGUUGACAGUUGGAUGCCAAGUCUGCGCGUCAAUAGGACACAGUUACGAAGACGAACACAAGGGAGGUCGUCAGCACGCUAAGAUACAACUACAUGCAGAAUACAGCAUCAUAAGGGGAAAGAAAAGCAAAGAAAAAUCAUCAGUUCUGGGAAAAGUAGCAAAAGCUGUGUCAGCUUUACGUAACAGUGGCGGGGGAGUGUUGCUGGUACACUUGGAGGGGAUAUCACCAGAAGAUAAGUGUCUCGAAUACUUUGAUGAAUUUGUAGUCAAUACAUUCACAAACUUGUUGGAAGGUGGGGAACUGUACACUGACUCAUAUGAACGAUAUUUCCUCAGCGAGAAACCGAAAUUCACAGGCGCGUGUGACUUUCUUGUACUUGACGUUAACGAGACAGCUGGUGUAGCAACAGUUGAUUUCAACACUAAGGCAAACAAUGAUAAUGAGAACCUGGUUGUAACAUCACUGAACCUUAUUGAAGUAUUGAAUAAAACAGAAACAAAUACGAAGAACCAAGCUUCUCUUAGGAACCUGCCAGAUAAUGUGAAAACGUUUCAUGAGAAUCGACAUAUACAGUUGAAAGCAUUUAAAGACAACACUGAAGAGAUUCAGCGGAAACGAGCUGAUGUGGGAAAACUGACUGAUCAUAUCUGGCACACUCUUAAGCUGAAAGACAAUAUAACUUCUAUGUCAAAGCUGGUUCAAGGCGGGUCAUACUACUUGGGUGUUAACGAAAAGAAAGUUGUCACAGGGGGGGGGUAUCAAACAAAGGUUGCAGACAUUGUUGGUUUCAAGCUACACGUGAGUCAGGCAUCCUUUAUAGAGAGUAUCUACAGGAAGGUUGAGACUGAUCUGACUAUAUUGACAAAGCAGGGCAAGUUUACAGACGCUCCUAGAAACCUGAUAAACAUAGACUUUUACCCUAUCCAACAAUCUGAGCGAUUGGUUUUGGAAGUAGCGAUUCGGUAUUGCGAUGGGGUUGUUUUUUAUGAUAGACAAGGGCCGAGAUCCUACAUUCUCGAUGAAAAAAGUAAAACUGUAAGAAGAAUGAGCAAUGAUGAAUGGCUUCAGAAAUUGUCAAGUACUCGUGCAUUGAAUGCAACAUUUCCUAAGCUUCAGGUGUGUCCAUGAUGUGAAAUCGUUCAAAAACAAAGAAAGAGCAAUUUUCCCUUCAGUGAUUUUCCUACUUGAACAAGACCAGUGAAACUUCUUCAUCUGUUUCAUAUAAUAGAUGCACGCAUACAGAUUUAGAGUGACAUAAACCCCUCUACAAAACUAUAUGAUCAACUUUCCAAUAGUUAACUUUUCCCAUCAGCUGUACUCGAGUAGCACCAUCAGCUGUACACAAGUAGCACCAUCAGCUGUACUCAAGUAGCACGAUCAGCUGUACUCAAGUAGCACCAGCAGCUGUACUCAAGUAGCACCAUCAGAUGUACUCAAGUAGCACGAUCAGCUGGACUCAAGUAGCACCACCAGCUGUACUCGAGUAGCACCAUCAGCUGUACACAAGUAGCACCAUCAGCUGUACUCAAGUAGCACUAUCAGCUGGACUCAAGUAGCACCACCAGCUGUACACAAGUAGCACCAUUAGCUGUACACAAGUAGCACAACCAUCUGUACUCAAGCAGCACUAUCAGCUGUACCACAUCAGCUGUACUCAAGUAGCACCAUCAGCUGUACUCAAGCAGCACCAUGUCCGACAGCAGCAGUGACACCUCAGUCGGGUCCAGCCCAUACCAGUCUGACCAGGAAGUCAUGCCAUACGGCAUGGUUGGAGAAGACACAAAUAUAGAAAAAAAACUCGGCAACCAGGGGGUUAAGCUGCAACUGUAUGUGGCAAGUGAUAUCAGUGAUGUGCCACAUGACGCAGGAGACACAUGUGCAAGACACAGUAAUGACAGUAACACGGUAGGACUUGAAGAGCAGGAUAACAAUGCAAGCCUUGACGGAGCAGGAUGUUCCACAGAGACACUUCAAGCUAGCCUCGUCAGACUUGAGGAAGAAAAUAUUCAACUGAAAAAGAGAAUAGAGGAGCUGGAGCACUUCGACCGACUGUCUCUUGCUUCUGGGGACAGCGGCUUCCAUAGUGAAACAAGCAGUCUGGCAUCCUGGGGCAGGGGUCCAACAACUCACAGACGUCAACAGGAUAAAGUAGGCCAUGUUGGCAAGAUAGAAGACAAUCUAAAGAGGUUGUUCAAUCCUAGACUGCCAAACCAGAAAGUGACACAGAACCAACAACAUGCUGAUACUGACCUCUAUCUUGCCUGCAAGAAGGGGGACAUGGACUUGCUUAGACGCAUCUUAUCUAAGUGUCUGGUAGACGUUGACAGUAGAUUGAAGUACGGGAGAACACCCGUGAUGAUAGCAGCAGAGAUGGGACACAGGCAAGUGUUUGACUUACUUGUGGGAGAAGGAGCUGAUGUAUCAUUAGUGGAUGCUGACAGAAACAACAUCCUUCAUGUGGCUUCUCUUGGAGGACAUGUGGACAUAGUGAGGUAUUUCCUCUCACAAAAGGUUGCAGACAUCAACAGUAUGGGGAAGUACGGGAGGACACCCGUGAUGGUGGCAGCAGAGAAGGGACACAGACAAGUGUUUAACUUACUUGUGACACAAGGAGCUGAUGUAUCAGUAGUGGAUGAUGACAGAAACAACAUCCUUCAUGUGGCUUCUCUUGGAGGACAUGUGGACAUAGUGAGGUAUUUCCUCUCACGAAAGGUUGCAGACAUCAACAGCAUGGGGAAGUACGGGAGGACACCCGUGAUGAAUGCAGCAGAGAUGGGACACAGACAAGUCUUUGACUUACUUGUGACACAAGGAGCUGAUGUAUCAGUAGUGGAUGAUGACAGAAACAACAUCCUUCAUGUGGCCUGUCUUGGAGGACAUGUGGACAUAGUGAAGUAUGUCCUCUCACAGAAGGUUGCAGACAUCAACAGUAGGGGGAAGUACGGGAGGACACCCGUGAUGGUGGCAGCAGAGAAGGGACACAGCCAAGUGUUUGACUUACUUGUGACACAAGGAGCUGAUGUAUCAUUAGUGGAUGAUAAAGGAAACAACAUCCUGUUUGUGGCCUGUCUUGGAGGACAUGUGGACAUAGUGAAGUAUGUCCUCUCACAGAAGGUUGCAGACAUCAACAGUAGGGGGAAGUACGGGAGGACACCCGUGAUGGUGGCAGCAGAGAAGGGACACAGCCAAGUGUUUGACUUACUUGUGACACAAGGAGCUGAUGUAUCAGCAAUGGAUGAUGACGGAAACAACAUCCUUCAUGUGGCCUGUCUUGGAGGACACGUGGACGUGGUGAAGUAUGUCCUCUCACAGAAGGUUGCAGACAUCAACAGUAGGGGGCAGUACGGGAGGACACCCCUGAUGGUGGCAGCAGAGAAGGGACACAGACAAAUGUUUGACUUACUUGUGAGAGAAGGAGCUGAUGUAUUAUUAGUUGAUGAUAACAGAAACAACAUUCUUCAUGUGGCCUCUCUUGGAGGAGAUGCAGACAUGGUGAAGCAUGUCCAAGCAUUGAAUGUGGUGAACAUCGACGACAGAAAUGACCAUGAUGAUACAGUGUUUGACCACAUGGUUGCAACACAGGGUAGCAGUUAUGUCUGACACGGAAGAACAAAUUGUGACAUAGUACUAGUUUGUGUGUGUCUGAUUUCCUGUCAAAGAAAAAAAUAUCUUGCAUCGUUCUAUCAUGAUGUCAUUUCUGCACAUUCGAACAUACGCUCGCAUCAUAAAUUGGGCAACGUUAUUUUUUUAAGGAAGUGUCUCGUGCGUUGUUCCCCUUAGAUGCUCUUGGACAACGCAGAUAAACGCCAUGACCGAACGAUUGCAUCCAAAUAUGGGCGAGAUAUAUAAAGGGACUUAUCGGGCCAGUCCUAUGUCCGUCUGCCUCCUCGUCGGAGAUAAUCGGUGACGACCUGGGUACGAUAUAACCUGGUAUUGUCAUCUUGCAGUUCAGACUUUUUGCAGAUAAUUCCAGCUUAUGGAACAACAUCGUUGGCCAGGGAAAUGUCCAUUGACAAUAAUCAAAUCUUUUCCCAUGCCAUGUGUGAAACCGCCCCACACACAUGCAUCAACCAAGUCACAGGUCCAGAGUGUAGUGAGUGAAUGCAGUGUUCACUUGUGCUGUAUCUACAUAUACUUCGAUAUGACCAAUGACAACACACUGACUGAGGUCAAUUCAACAUUCCCAUUGUAACUAUCUGUUGUUCUCUUUAACAUUCAUAGUGUGUCGUGGUAGACCGGAACUAUAUUUUGUUGUUGGACAAUGCCCUUACACAUGUCUGUUAUCACUAUAUGAUUGUGAUGUGAAAUAAGAUGUGAUAUGUUUUAUACCUGAACCUUCAAGAUUGCAUUGUGUGUAUAUGUAAUUGUAUUUGAUUUGCUGUCUUAUAGCACAACGAUGGCUGUUGUACCAAUAUUUGUAUGUCUAGACAGGUAGUAGUGGUAUUAGUAUUAAUAGUAGCAGACAUUAGUUUAGUUGUGUUGUAGUGGAAGCCGUGGUUGCGGGACAGUGUUACAGUUUACUGGUGGAGUAAAGUAGUAUUAGUAGGAGUAGUUAGUAGAUAUUUAUGUAAAUAUCUUUUCUCUUUGUAAUAAAUGAUGUUUUAACAUUUUCUUUUGGGGUUCUGUCAUUUCUACUUCCCCUCGUGCAUAUCGUGUGUAUCCUGAAUGGCAGCUAAUCAGGAAAUCA